AUGGAUUUUUUGCGUAAAGUUGCUAGACCUAAUCCUCCUCAAGAGUCUGUUGCGUCGCGUAUAUCUCAACCAGGGAUAGAAGGCAGUACUCAGUUGUCUGAAAAUUCGCAACCAAGCACUUCUAAAAGACAAAAGACCAUGCCACCACAGCAACAUAUAAUGGACUUAGAUGUCAAAAUGAGCGAGUUUUUAGACAGCAGGCUAUCACAACAAACUGAUCCCCCAAUUUUAUCGUUUUUUAAAGGUAUCCUACCCUCUGUUACGUCUUUCGACGAUGACGAAACGUUGGAGCUUCAAUCAGGUGUAUCACUGAUACAACAAAUCAAAAAGAAACGUGAAAACAGACUUUAUGCAAAUAAUUAUAAUUACGCGCGUGAUAGCACACGGCGAUCGGGGUAUUCGGCACAGAACUAUAAUUCAACAGACAUUCCAAAAUAA